AAUUCAAGAUUUUCCCGAGAAAAUCCAUUUUCCCGUGAAAAUGUCUCUCUUUAGGUAAACCCUAGACGAAACUGCUAGGGCUUUGCAUCAACGAGUUCAAGCUCUACUGAGGAGGAAGUCCCCGAAAACAUGCAUAGACCACUAGCGAGGGUUCCUCUGAGGUCAAUUGCGGAAUCGUUGUGCAAAUCGAAACCGCGCGAACAUCCAUUACUGUUACAGGGACGAAGAAAUGUUGCUGAAAAUCUGGGAUUUUCUCGAGCCCAUACCACAUCAAAGGGUCUGGAGUUCUCAGUGUAUGGAACAGAAUCAACUACAAGAUCCAUGCAGAUGCAAAUUGUUGAUGCACUUCGCUGCGGUGAGAGAAGCAAAGCUUCUAAUCUGCUUUUAGAUCUUGGUCAUGGAAACCACUCAUUGAGACCUGCUGAUUUUGUUCAUAUUCUUAACUACUGUGCUAGAUCACCUGAUCCACUGUUUGUCAUGGAAAUUUGGAGGUUAAUGGAGGAAAGAGAGAUUGGCCUGAACAACAUAUGCUAUUUUCUUAUCAUACGAGCUCUCUGCAAAGGGGGUUACUUGGAGGAGGCAUAUAAUUUGAUAAAUUUUCUUGGAGAAAGGCACGGCAUUUAUCCAAUUCUAUCUGUGUACAAUGGUUUCCUGAGAGCCUGUGCCAAAAUGCGAAGUAUAGUUCAUACCAACCAAUGUUUGGAUCUGAUGGAGCACAGAAUGGUGGGGAAGAAUGAAGUUACAUAUUCAGAGCUGCUCAAGCUUGCAGUUUGGCAGCAAAAUCUCUCUGCCGUUCAUGAAAUUUGGAGGGAGUAUGUAAAACACUACAGUUUCACCAUAUUUUCUCUGCAAAAGUUUAUUCGGUCUUUUUCAAGGUUGGGGGACUUAAAAUCUGCAUAUGAGACUUUACAACAUAUGGUGGCUUUAGCCAUCAGGAGAAUCAUUUUUGUUAAUAGAACUGCUGAAGGAAAGCUAUAUUCUUCAAGAUUGGACAUUCCUAUACUUUCAAAUGAUGGAUUAGGAAGGAAAUUUGACUUGGAGGGAAAUGAACAUUCUGUUCCUUCUAUACACUGUAGGAAGAUUGAUACUUAUCCUAGUAACAUAGAGCAAUGCACUCCUCCUAGCAUGGGAAAUAGGGAAGCUGAGAGUGGCGGACUAGGUGUGCUUAAUAAAUAUGAAAACAGGCUUGUUAUGAGGGUUUUGAGGUGGUCAUUCAGUGAUGUGAUACAGGCAUGUGCACAAGCUCGAAAUUGUGGGUUGGCAGAGCAGUUAAUCCUACAGAUGAAAAAUCUCAGGUUGCAACCGUCAAGCCAUACAUAUGAUGGUUUUGUUAGAGCAGUUGUUUCUGAGAGAGGUUACAUUGAUGGCAUGGAAGUGUUAAAAGUAAUGAAACAGAGGAAUUUGAAGCCGUAUGAUUCUACUCUUGCUACCCUUUCAGUGGGAUGCAGCAAAGUGCUAGAACUGGAUUUAGCCAAAUCUCUGCUGGAUCAAAUUUCUGAAUGUCCAUAUCCUUAUCCUUAUAAUGCUUUUCUUACUGCAUGUGACAGAUUGGACCAACCUGAACGUGCAGUGCAGAUAUUGGCUAAAAUGAAACGUUUGAAGAUUCUGCCAGAUAUCAGGACAUAUGAGCUGUUGUUUUCAUUAUUUGGUAAUGUGAAUGCCCCAUACGAAGAGGGUAAUAUGCUGUCACAGGUAGAUGCUGCUAAAAGAAUAAAUGCUAUUGAAAUGGACAUGGCAAAAAAUGGUGUUCAGCACAGUCAUUUGUCAAUGAAGAACUUGUUGAAAGCCCUUGGAGCAGAGGGAAUGAUACAAGAGCUGAUCCGGUAUUUACAAGUGGCAGAAAACCUUUUCUUCCGUAAUCAAACUUAUCUUGGAACACCUAUUUAUAAUGCUGUGUUGCAUUCACUUGUUGAGGCUAAGGAAAGUCACAUGGCAGUAGAAAUAUUUAAAACUAUGAAGUCAUACGGCUGCCCCCCAGAUGCUGCAACCUAUAAUAUAAUGAUCGAUUGUUGUAGCAUUUUAAGAUGUUUCAAAUCUGCUUGUUCACUGGUUUCCAUGAUGGUGCGUGAUGGAUUUUGUCCACAGACAUUGACUUACACGGCUCUCAUAAAGAUUCGAUUGGAAGAUGAGAAUUUUGAAGAAGCAUUGAAUCUUUUGGAUCAAGCAUGCUCGGAGGGGCUUGAACUUGAUGUACUGUUAUUUAACACCAUUCUUCAAAAAGCAUAUGCAAGGGGAAGGAUAGAUGUAAUUGAGUUCAUUGUUGAAAGAAUGCGCCAAGAGAAUAUCCAGCCUGAUACAUCAACCUGCCAUUAUGUGUUUUCUGCAUAUGUGGACCGUGGUUUUCACAGCACAGCUGUGGAAGCAUUGCAGGUUUUGAGCAUGCGUAUGUUGAAUGAAGAAGAUAACACUCAAUAUGAAAAGACACAAUUUGAGGACGAUUUCAUCCUUUCUGAAGACUCAGAAGCAGAGUCACAGAUACUGCAAUUGUUCAAGGAUUCUGAGGAGAACGUUGCUGUUGCACUCAUGAAUUUAAGAUGGUGUGCCAUAGCUGGGUUCUCAAUUUCUUGGUCACCAGAUCAAAGUCCAUGGGCUAGAAGACUCCUAACAGAUUAUGAGACCAGAAAAGGAGCUGCCUGAUUGACAUCAGAAUGAUAUGUUAGAUCAACUCAGUGAGCUUGUCUUAAUUUUGUCAUAUGAUAAGGGCUAUGCAAUUGUCUUGAUAGUUAGCAGAGGAUAGAGCUGCUUGGUUUAUCAUUGACAGGCUCAAGUUAUGAAGUUAAUCCUUAGCCAAAAAAAAAAAAAAAAAAAAUAGGAAAAGGAAGCAGCCAUACUGUACAGUGGGUGAUUCUCACAGGCCUUUUCGCAACUUCCUUGUUGGACACAGAUCAGCUAACUUUCGAGAGCUCCAUAAGAUGUCUGAGAUGCGUUUUAAGCCUAGCAAAAUAGGCUUGAGCUUUACAGCAAUUUGAUAUGAACUCUUGCCCAUUGGUGGGUUUGUGUAGUAUAAUUCUCAGUAAAUGCCCUCCUUUUUUGGGUGGGGCGCAAUAUUUUUUUGUUUUUUUGGAGUAACGCUCAAAAACACAUUUUGAUUAAAAAAAUUCUACAAUGUU